AAUAAUAAUAAAAACGAUACCCAUAAUAAAAAGACGAUACCGAUCAUUUCCGAUAUUACAUGUCAACGCAUUUAUCGGCCGAUAAUAUCGGCCUGCCGAUAUUAUCGGACAUCUCUAGUUCUUGUCUUACAUUGAGAUUGUGAAUGAUAGGCCAAAUGAAAAAAAAAAGUUCAGUUCACCCUUCAAGAUGCGUUCUGUCACGGAUGCGCAUGGUUGUGGUUGGUGUGACCCCAGGAUGCAGAGAGCAAAUCAGAAAGUCAUUUACACUUAUCAAGUACUCAGCAGAGGAAAGUAAAACAGGUCAUACAAAGAGCAACAUUAAGACAACCAACCAGUGUUGAGAGACGUGAAGAAAAACCCUCUUGAUUGGCAAUCAGGAACAGGUGAGCCUCCUAAUUGGCAACCAAGAACAGGUGAGGAGAAUAGUGCUCAAAAGCAAGGGUAAAGUCACUACAGAACAAAUCAAAACAGGAAAAGGAACAAAAGGAACUGGACAAGAAGAAACAAUAAACAAAGAAAAAACAACACUAAAGCCAAUAACUGUCACACACAAUCACAAUGAGAAAGUUUAGGAAAAGUUCUAAUAUAACAACAAAUGACUCUCAUGUGUGGCUAAAUUUGAAAAAAAAAAGUACUAUAAAGCCUCCUCAAAGUGAUGCAGUGCAAUGAAACUGCAAAUAAAUAACAUACAUACCUUGACAGCUGCCUCUUUUGCACUUGUGUCCAUGGAACUGCCUUUCUCCGGCUUUGAGCUGACCUUCAUCGUCGCCGCCUUCGUCAUCUUCACCCUCUUCAGCCUCGCCUCCGUCUGCAUCAAGCCGGACGGCAGCCUGCUAGAGAAGCGCGGCUACAAAGCUGGGAAGUGGAAGCAGAGAGUGAUCAGCAGGCAGGCCGCAGCUGAGGCGUAAAUGAAGGACUAUAAAAAGCGUCCGGUUGUCGUCUCAAAAAAACACUGGAAAUGAAGACACUGUUAAUAAA